AUGGUGGGCAACGAUGCCCCAACAGCAGGGAGCGUCUUGGCCUUCGUCGUCCAGGAUGUGCAGCGGUCGACUUCGUCAUAUGUCACCGUGGCGGUGGUGCUGGCUCUCGCGAUAUUCAUCCACAGGUUCUCGUCGCCUCAGUUGGACAAACGCGAGCCGCCGCCGAUGAAGCCCAAGAUUCCCAUCGUCGGACACCUCGUCGGAAUGAUCCGGCACCAGAGCCGCUAUUUUAAGACUUUGGAGAAUCGCAACAUGGCGGUCGCCACGCUUCCGAUUCUGAGCGGGAAGCUUUACGGCAUCUGGGAACCAACGGUAAUUCAAUCCGUCUACCGAAAUCGGCUCUUGUCGUUUGAGCCGUUCGCCGUGGAAUUUGCCCAGAGGGAGAUCGGCUUCAGCAACGCGAUGCUCAAGGUCAUCCAAGAAACCACAUUGCUGCCCGAGUUCUUUGAUUGUAUUCACAAAUCCAUGACCGCGGACAACCUGCGCCAAAUGAACGCCAACGCGCUCACGUAUGUGUCUGACGCACUGGACGGUGUCUGCAAUGGCUCUGAAACAUUCGAGGCCACGAACUUCUUCGUUUGGAUCGUCAGGAGCCGCGCGGCAGUCCUACGAAAGCACGGCAUCUCGGGCAAAGAAGUCGGCAUGUUUGAGGUUGCUCUGCUCCACGUGGCGACAGCCAACACGAUCCCAACGUUGUUCUGGUUCAUGGUGCAGAUCUUUAGUCGGCCUAAAUUGGCGGACCAGCUGAGAGAAGAAGUACUGCCAGUGGCCCGGCGCGGAAGCAACGACGAUGUCACCAUCGACAUAGGAACGAUAAACGAACGGUGUCCUCUGCUCGUCAGCUGCUACCGUGAGGCGAUCCGACUGUCGAACCAGGGCAUGGGCAACCGAAAGGUGCUGGAAGACACGACUGUUACGGAUGGAAAGGGGCAGUCAUACCUCCUCAAGAAGGGCUGCAAUGUGCAGGUGUCAGCUCAGGUCCUGCACCGGCUGGAAAAUUCGUGGGGCCCGGACAGCGCAAGUUUCAAGGCAGACAGGUUCGUGGUGAGGAGCGGUAAGGAGCACGCCGAGUCGGAGAAGAUGAAGAGGGCGGCGUUUAUCCCGUUCGGUGGCGGAAAACACCUGUGCCCAGGGCGCAACUUUGCCUUUGCCGAGAAUCUAGGACUCGUGGCGUCCCUGUUGGCGGGAUUCGAGGUUUCGCCCUUGGAUGAGAACAUGAAGGAGACGGAGGGAAUUCCCGACUCGGCGGGCUGCCCAAUGACGGGAGCCGUCGUGAAGCCCGUGAACAACGGCGAAAAAUACGGGAUUCGGAUCCGGAGACGAAAGGGGUGGGAGAGCAGUGCUGUAUCUGUGCCUGCACACUGCUGCACCACAGUAUCCAUCGAUGAUGUCGGCCAACUGGCGCGAGAGCUCAGGGAAAGCAUGGAGGUGACUGGUCUCGACGCAAUAGACUUGGCGGGAGCCACAUGCAGCUUGGUUGAUCGCCCAAUGAUGAUUUUGGUCAUUGAAAAACCGGGACUCGAGGACGGCCAGGAGCGAGGCACAUUGCAGGAGAGAGACCAAGCUGACUCCCGCGGAGAUUGCUUCAGCCCCAAGUAUGGUUCUCUCAGACAAGCUUUUCGCCCAGCCGGCUUCGGCAUCGGCACCCAUGCCCCAGCGCCGGCACGCGCGUUCCGUCUGUCUGCAAAGCUUCGAGGCGACAUUGAUGAUGCCAAGGCCAGGAAGGCAAGCCAGCAUGACAUGCACAAGGAGGAGGACAAGGAGAAGUUCGAGCGGGAUGAGCUGAUCGCCCUGCGGAAACAAGAAGAGAGGCCAUGGCAUCGUGCUGGCAACGAGCUCGACCAGCGGGAAUCGUCCAAAGAUCCCACUAACGGGGACAAGACUCGAGGACGGCUACUUACCACACCAACGAGGCUAUUGAAGCUCAUCCUGCCGCUUCCUUUCCAUGCCGAGCAAUCGCGGAUCACGCAGAAGCCCAAGAAUGACGACGAAAGGGAGGACAUCGCACCGCUGGCUUUGCUCGUCCACCCCCAGCAGCCUUUGUCGUACCUCGAACGGCUACUCCAGGCCGAGAUCCCGCCCAUCGACGACGGCCGCCGCGAACGAAUCCCCAAGAUCUACUUCCGCGCCGAGGCCGACCACAAAGAGACCAAGCCGGACAAGCGCGCGUCGCAGAAACAGGAGGGCAACGUAGCGUCGUACUCGGGUCUCGGCCACGAGGGCCCAAAGAAGGACGGCGAUGACACGAACUGGGUGCGUUGGAGUAGCAGCACAGAGGUCGGCGACUUCAUCAGGGAUGCCGCCCGCGGACGGGAGUUCUCCAUCGGCAUCGAGGGGUACGACCAGGAGCUGCGCGUAGCAGUGCCCAGUUUCAACGACAGGACAUAUUACAUGCGCAUCAGACUGCGCAGAAUGUCUCGCCGCGUCGAAGAGCUGGCCAAGAUCAAACAAGAAUGCGACUACCUCGCGCAUCGCGGAGCCCACCGUCUCGCACAGGGUGGCUUUGCUCUGCUCGCCGGCUGGUGGGGCGUCGUCUACUACGUCACGUUCCACACCGACUUUGGCUGGGACCUCGUCGAGCCGGUAACGUACCUCGCCGGCCUGUCGACCAUCAUGGGCGGCUAUCUCUGGUUCCUGUACAUUAGCAAGGACCUCAGCUACAAGGCGGCGCUGAACAUCACCGUGUCGAAGCGGCAGCAGGCGCUUUACCAGGAGCGCGGGUUCGACCCCGCGACGUGGGAGGCUCUCGUGCAAGAAGCCAACUCGCUGCGCCGGGAGAUCAGAUUCGUGGCGACCGAGUACGACGUUGAUUGGGACGAGACCAAGGACCUCGGUGGCGAGGAGGUCCAGGAGGUGCUCGACAAGGAGAAGAAGGGCUCGAGGCGAAGGCAGGAUGACGAUGAGGAUGACGCAGAGGAGGCCGAACGCGUAGAGCACAAGCGCAAGGACGACAAGAAGGGGUCCAAGGAGUCAGGGGAGAAGAGUGAGGACAAGAAGACAUCGUAA